AUGGCACCCAUAGAAGGCACGUCUGUCGAUGGGAUCAACCAUAUUGAGGACCAGAUCAAAGACACCAUACAAUCGCUUUACCAGCUUCUCGUCCAGGUCAACACCUACGACGCAACCCCAGCCGCGCGCGACCGUCCCACUCGCGACGUCCUCACGGCCGAGGUCCGCUCCCUGUCCAACUCGCUGCAGGCCAUCCACCGCUCCGCCCUCGCCUCCGAGACCGACGGCCCGGGCCUGCCGCAGAAGCUGCCGUCCAUACCCCAGGAGCUCAUCCAGUACGUCGAGGCCGGCCGCAACCCGGACAUCUACACCCGCGAGUUCGUCGAGCUCGUCCGCCGCCUCAACCAGCUCAUGCGCGGGAAGAACGCCGCAUUCGCCUCAUUUCGUGACAUCCUGGCUGACCAGAUACGCGCCGCCAUGCCCGAGCUCAAUUCGGACGUCGACCGCGUCCUGACGAACCACGCCGAACAGGCCGCCGCCCCUCUCACCAACGGCGAGGGCAGCGGUGCCGGCCCCGACGCCGAGCCCGCCGCUGCCGCCUCGUCUUCUGCGCCAGCUGUCCAGCAGGCCGAGGGACCGGCCGCUGACAGCUAUGAUGACCCCAGCGAUGCUGGACAGCAGGCCCAGACGGUGUUGGUAAACGGGGUUCAUGAAGGCCUGGACGACGGAGACUUGGCUCAGGAGGGCCCGAACGGGGGAGACGUACCCGAGGACGGCCCCAAUGACGAGGAUUUGGAAACCCCGAAUGGCGGAGACUUGCGUCAGGAAGGCAUCAAUGGCGGAGACUUGGUCCAGGAAGGUCUGAAUGGCGCAGACUUUGCCCAUGAGGACUUCAACGUCGAGGAGCAGCUUGACGACGCCCAACCCUUCGUACUUCCUUUACGGCCCCACGCCGCUCUGCCGGCGCCUUACGUGCCUGGACCCAGGACUGGGUGGCCCGAGGCUACGCGGCUUGACCCCAUCCCCGAAGAGGGGACACCUCAGUUGACUCAACUGGUUCUGCAACAAGGUCUGCAACAAAUUGCGCAAGAAUAUGUGCGACGACGAGCUGCGCCACAAGCUGCGCAACAAGAGCAGAUGAAUCUCGACUGGUCCCAGAGACUCCGUGAGUGUCAGUUGCACGCCUGCUUGAUCCUACGCCUUUUCGCGGGCCGAGACUAA